GAUGACAAAGUUACCCAUGCUUAAAUAAAUGUACUCAGUUUUAGUGCGUAUAAAAGUGUACACGCAUAUCGCCCGAAAGACCCAUCACUCUGAAUGUAAACACGUCCUGACAUGACGCAUGCGCACUGAGUCAAACGCAGUCGUAUGUUGGGACAUUGUGCAGAUUCAAGCCUGAAAAUGGGGACAAACAGCAAUAAAAGUAAAGUAAACGGCUUACAUAAGACGCGUUUCUUCAGAUCUGUAGGAUUUUACCCUGGGCGAACCAGUGAGUAUGUCUGCAGACACACCCUGUUGAUAUCAACUCUAUAAGAGCCAUGGUUCAUGGGGUAGAGGUGUUUCUUCGCCAUGACUAUGCGACCCCAAUGCUUUUCUAAAGUGGGAUUGUACUCAAAUAUCUGUGAUUUAAGUCCAUCUCAAACAAGACAUCCAGUUAGUGUCCAAAGAGAGAUUGGAAAUCCUCUUGGUGACACUCAAGAGAGGACCAGACAACAUCUGAUCUUGGACAAGACUGGGAAGGCUGAGCGGACUUCACUGCCUUUAAAGCCUGGAAGAGAGUUGGCUGUCGCUUCAGAGGCUGGCUCUGUGGGCACAGAAACACUGUCAUCUCAAGCUAAACAAAUGGGGGGUGAAGGCACCCCUGUAAAAAGUAAAACUCCUUUUGGACAGACCAACACCAUUGAUAACAAGCCAGAGUUUGUAUCCAUGAAUUCACAUAGUAAUUCUAGAGACCCCGUGGGUGAGAAAAGCACCAAAGGGUUAGAGACUAUGGGGGUGUCUAAUGAACACUCAGAGGGCAAAAGGACAAAUAUGAGGAAGAUCACUAGUCAUCCUCAUGCACAAGCCUCUUGCCUUAAACAACUGCUUUUGCUUCAGCUGGACUUGAUAGAGCAACAACAGCAACAGCUGCAGACAAAAGACAAGGAAAUAGAUGAACUCAAAUCAGACAGAGACACGUUGCUUGCCCGUAUUGAGCGGAUGGAGCGCCGUUUGCAGUUGUUAAGUAAGGAACCGCGUGACAAGAGGCUCUUCCAGCCCCUGGAGAGAUGGGUUCCUGACUCGGAUGACUUUUGGGAAUCAGAUUUGAGCCACAGCCCACAAACUCAGGCCAAGUCAGGUGGAAAAGUGCAAAAGAGGAAGUUCAGCCUGUUAGACACAAAGAUGCAGAGGUCAAGAGGGAAGUCUUCUAGAGGGACCCCCCAAAAACAAGAGACAGGAGGGACAUCACCAUGUCAACGUGAGCUGCGAAACAAGGAGACCCCGGAGAAGACGAAUGUUGAGAAAUCAUCCGGACAGACAGACCUGCAACCUGAGGGAGAAGACGGCAAAGAAACGGAAGAUCUUCCAUACAUGACAACAGAUGAGAUGUACCUAUGCUGCUGGCAGCAGCCUCCAGCCUCUCCAUUACGGGAGGAGUCUCCAAAGAAAGAGGAGGAUGUCACAAUCCCAUCAUGGAGGGAAAACAUCAUGGAACCCCUUCAGGAGGAGGAUGCUGUUGACAUCCCAGAAAAUCUUGAUGACGGUGUUUUUCUAAAGCGGCACGCAAAGUUAGAACUGGAUGAGAAGAGACGAAAAAGAUGGGACAUUCAGAGAAUACGUGAACAGCGUAUGCUUCAAAGAUUGCAGCAGCGCAUGGAGAAGAAAAAGACAAAUGUUCCGGAGAGCGAACCAGAAUUGUCUUCGUUUUAUCCUAAUGUGGAGAAUGUGGAGGCCAUCAUGGUAACACCCUUUCUGCCAGUAGUGGCAUUUGGUCGGCCUUUGCCCAAUUUGCCUCCACAGAACUUUGAGUUGCCCUGGCUUGAUGAAAGAAGUCGAUGUCGCAUUGAAAACCAAAAGAAACAAACUCCCCACAGGACCUGUCGGAAAUGAGUCACAAACAGAUUCUGGGCACCAAACAGAGGAGCGUUCCUUCAUGUCCAGCGGCAUAACAUGGGCUUAAAGGAGGCACAGUCAGGGAACAGAAUAUUAGCCCAUCAUUAUGGUUUUGUGUCUGCUUGCACAGAGAUCGUUUAGGAAAAUGGCAGCAUAUUACAUCUGUUUCCAUUUUAUUGUGCCCUGAUAAUAAAGCACCAACUGCCCAGCUAACUGCUAUUUUAGUUCCCUCACAAUCAGUGCGUGGCCUUGAUUUAAUCCUUUACUUGUAGUCCUGAGGCUAAGUGAUAUUGAUUAUUGCAGGCUCCACCGCAAAUACUGUUUUAAUGUGCACUAAACUGUAGUUAUGGAGUAUUGCUGCACAUUUGCAUGUAAUGCCUCAAUAUUUGUGUUGAGAAUGACUUUAGAGAGCUUGUUUUGUUUUUGCAAAUGUAAUUGUGCAUGAAUGUCUUGGUGAAUCUUAUGCCUAAAAUUGUACAUAUUUUUUGUAAGCGUAGCAUAGUCAUUUAGAAAGAAAAAAAAUGAUCAGGAUUAGAGUAAGGAUGUUAAGAAGUUUAGAUGAAUGCCGGAUGUAAAAAAGGAAGGACUGUUUGUAUGGCCGUUCAGGUGUGUUUGAAUCUGUUCAGCAUCCCAUGCAGGUUUAAGGACAAUGCCCUUGACGUUAUUUUUGGAUCAGUUAGUUGGUCUGUUGAUGUUGUUUUUGAUGUACCUUAACCUCCUUAUUGAAAAUACAGUAUAUUUUACACUUCCAUUUUCUAAAAACCUUAUACAUGUCCAGAAGCAUUGCUUGUCAUUAUUAAUUUUGCAUAAAUUCUGUGCCUCAUGGGAUUUAUUUCAGGGCAUUUGUGAUAUUUCCUAAAGAUUUUUUUUGUUCUAACUCAAAAGUAAUAACCUGAUUUUGUGUGUAAAUGUUGAUUUUUUUUGAGCACCGCACACAAGGUUUUUUUUUCUUUUUUUUUCUUCCCCUGAAUGUCUACAACUGGACCUCUGUAAAUCUCUUUACUGACACACAUUGGCUGUAAAUAAGGAAAACAUUGCUGUUAUUUUUUUAUUUAAUGUCAGAAGUGUUGUUUGUUCAGCAUAGAUAUUAUAUUGAUAGCAUUAUUUACAAAAUAAGAUUUUUUGUUUUUCAAAAAAAAUAAAAACUCACUCUGUGAUUUUUUUUU